UGUGUGAGUGCUGGUCUGAGAGGCUGUUGGGUAGGGACUGUCCAUGAGCUCUGACGAUAUUUUAAAAGGAACUAAAAGUGAUUGCCAGACUCAGAGAGCGCUCAGGAAGUUUCCUCGGACUGUUUUGCAAGCUCACUCUCUGUCUCUGCAAAAGAAGGAAGGACUUCAUUUUAUAAGCUACCCUCUGAAACAGAAAUGCCAAAAGUCGAGGUAGGCACAGAUAAGAUGGGGGGCAAAGAACACGAAGGGAAAGUGCCUGUUGUGGAAGACACAAAGGUGAAAGUGCUUUAUGAAAGUGAAGCAUCAUUUGGGCCUGAUGACAAAACAGAUUACAGUCCCACUGGGACAAACUCAAUCUACUCUGCGAUUUUGAGCAGAAAUGAGGCCGUCAAGGAUGCCAAGCGUCUUAAGACUUUUUUGGAGUUGCGAGACAAAUACGUAAAGAAGAAGGUUUUGUUUGAAGACCCUCUGUUCCCUGCGAAUGACUCCUCACUCUUCUACAGUGUCAAACCUUCAAUGAAGUUUGAGUGGAAACGUCCCUCGGAAAUUUGUGAAAACCCUGAGUUCAUCAUAGACGGAGCCAACAGGACAGAUAUCUGUCAAGGAGAAUUGGGUGACUGCUGGCUGCUCGCUGCCAUCGCCUGCCUGACACUGAAUGAGAAGUUGCUGUAUAGAGUGAUUCCCCCAGAUCAGAGCUUCACAGAGAACUACGCUGGCAUCUUCCAUUUCCAGUUCUGGCGUUAUGGCGAAUGGAUCGAUGUGGUUGUGGACGAUCGCAUUCCCACCUGCAAAAACCAGCUGGUGUUCACCAAGUCUUUCAGAAAGAACGAGUUCUGGAGUGCUCUUUUGGAAAAAGCUUACGCAAAGUUGCACGGAUCAUAUGAGGCGCUGAAGGGGGGGAACACCUUGGAAGCCAUGGAGGAUUUCACAGGUGGAGUUACCGAGUUCUUCGAGCUGUCUGAGGCGCCCAAAGAACUCUACACGAUCAUGAGGAAGGCCCUGGAGAGAGGCUCACUGAUGGGCUGCUCCAUAGAUGUUUCUUCAGCCAGUGAACUGGAGACUCGGACUGAACAGGGGCUGGUCAAAGGCCAUGCCUACUCCAUCAUAGGCCUGGAGGAGUGUGAUGAGGUUGCAAAGGACACCAGAAUUCGCCUGAUUCGCUUACGCAAUCCCUGGGGUUGGGUGCUGUGGAAGGGACCCUGGAGUGCAAAUUCAAAGGAAUGGUCUACCAUCUCCAUCGCCGAAAAGGAGAACCUGAAAAAACAGACUGUCGAGACGAGUGAGUUCUGGAUGUCUUUUGACGAUUUCAAGAAGAACUUUACCAAGCUGGAGAUGUGUAACCUGACCCCUGACACACUGCAGGGUGAUGAAAGACAAAGCUGGACAGUGUCGGUCAACGAGGGUCGCUGGGUGAGAGGCAGCUCUGCUGGCGGCUGCAGGAACUUCCCAGACACAUUUUGGACGAACCCUCAGUAUCGGCUGCAACUUUACGAGGAGGAUGACGACCCAGAUGACGAGCAGGUGGCCUGCACUGUUGUCGUGGCUCUGAUGCAGAAAGGUCGCAGGAUGCAACGCCAUCAAGGAGCCAAAUUCCUCACCAUCGGGUUUUCCAUCUACCAGGUGCCAAACGAGAUGCGUGGACAGAAUCAGCAUCUGCAGAAGGACUUCUUUCUGUACACAGCUUCCAAAGCUAAAUGCAAAACCUACAUUAAUCUGCGAGAGGUAACAGAGCGUUUCCGUUUGCCUCCGGGAGAGUACAUCAUCAUCCCCACAACUUUUGAGCCCCAUCAGGACGGAGAGUUUAUUCUCAGGGUCUUCUCUGAAAAGCACAGCACAUCCGAGGAAGCGGAGAACACAAUCGGCUCUCCCCAAACACAGCAAGACAAGAAAAGGAAAGAAAAGCCUAUUGUAUUUGUGUCAGACAGAGCGCGUGCCAACAAAGAAAUCGAGCAUGACGGCAUUCAGGGGGAAAAGAAGAAGAAACCGAAGCGAAAACUGCUACAACCUGAGGAGGAGACUGAGGAGGAAAAACAGUUCAGGGCCAUUUACCAACAGAUUGCUGGUGAGGACAUGCAGAUCUGUGCCAACGAACUCAAGACCAUCAUGAAGAACGUGCUCGCCAAACAUAGUGAAAUAAAGACGAAAGAAGGUUUCAGCCUUGAGACAUGUCGGAGUAUGAUCGCCUUGAUGGAUACUGACGGGACAGGAAAGCUGAACCUUCAGGAGUUCAAGCACUUGUGGAAAAAGAUCAAGGAGUGGCAGCUGAUCUUCAAACGCUAUGACAAAGAUGGAUCUUCAUCCAUUAGUAGUUUUGAGAUGAGGAACGCAGUAAAUGAUGCAGGGUUUCAGCUCAACAAACAGUUGUAUGACAUCAUAGCGAUGCGCUACGCAGACGAACACCUCAACAUCGACUUUGACAGUUACAUCUGCUGUUUUGUGAGGCUAGAAGGGAUGUUCAGAGCUUUCAAGGCCUUUGACAAAGACGGAGAUGGACUAAUCAAACUCAACGUCCUGGAGUGGCUUCAGCUGACCAUGUACUCUUAGGUCACAUUCUCGACCCCUGGUGUAGCUGCAGACAGUCGGUGCUCAAGUUUAAGACACCAGCUUUGUCAUGACUUAACUCUCCUGGACACUUACUGAAUUUUCUCUUUUCUUUAGCAUUUUUAAACAAAAUGUAGUUUUGCACAGGUUGUGAUUACAGCAAAGUCAGACAGAGAGAGUAGGCCUUUGUUGCCAAAUUUCCCAUUUGUAAAGAACAAUGCUACAACUGUCAGUGCUAAAAGAAAAUGUCUGAAUGUGAGCACUCAGAGAAUGAGCGUUUAGUUUCACAAGUCUACAUAGAAAUAUUUAAUGUAUAUUGUUUUUAAAAUAUACUGGAGAUGAACACA